GAGAAGAAGAGGUAGAGAGUAAGAAGAACACGCCUCGUUGGGCAGCCGCCAUGCCGCGCCAUACCCCGUAGGCUAGAGGCAGCGUCCGUCAGCAGCUUUUCUUCUCCUUUCUCUUCUCUUUUCUUGUCUUCUCUUCUGUAAUAAGAGAUCGAGCCAGGCAACUGCAAGCAAGGCAUGAUGAUGGAGAGCCAGAGGGCAGCGUAGGACGAAGCAGGUUCUUCUUUAAGUAUUUUAGGAAGUGCAAGCAAUGGCGAGUAGCUAGGGAAGGGACUACCAUAUGCUAUAGCUGCCUUGCUAGCUAGCUAGGGAGAGGGGGGGGGGGGGGGGGGGGGGGGGCAUCCAAGAGACCAAGCUCACGGGGGCGGAUCGGAGGUGAUGGAGAACGACGAGGAGGAGGAGGGGUACGUGAAGGUGGGGACGAGGUUCUACCGGGUGGCGAUGAGGCCGAGCGGCGCCGUGGCGCGUCAUCGCCUCCACUACCUCGAGUCCUGCUACCUCUGCAAGGAGAGCAUCGCCCGCGACCGCGAUGUCUUCAUGUACAAGGGGGACGCGGCGUUCUGCAGCGAGGACUGCAGGGACGAGCAGAAGGACAUGGACGAGGCGCUCCACGCGGCGGCGCGGCGCCACCGCCUCCUUCGCUCUCCGUCGGCGUCCUCCUCCUCGCAGGCGGCAGCUGAGGCCGCGGCGUCGACCAGGCCGCCGCCCGUGAUGCGCCGCCGCCCCACCAUCGCCAACCUCGCCGCGCGCAACCCGCCCGUGGCAGCCAGCUAGCUAGUAGCUACACGGCGGGCAGCACUCGUGAUUCGAACAUCGACCGUCCUCGAUCGUGCAGUGGUGAUUUUUUUUUGCCGCCUGCCAUGCGUGGGGUUGGGGUCCGGAUCAGGUGUGUGUGCUCUGCCGCCUUGGACGAGUUGCAGCUGGACCUCCGGCGGUUAGCUAGGUAGGUAGAGCUAUACGGAGCAUGCACGGACUGACGAUGAAGAACGACAUGCAUCUGGAGGACGAAGCUACGUAGAGGCGCGGCGGAGAGAAGGAAAUGAAUAACGAAAGCUUUGUUGUGACGACCUAGCUAGCUGUACAUGUACAAAACCACAGUAGCAAAUGAACAGAUCGAUCGAUUAUCACCA